CGAACUUUGCCACGAAAUUGAAUCCCCAUAACCACCAUAAAAAUAGUUGAAAAAAAUCAAAAGGAAGAAUCUUUAGCAACCAUUCGAUAAUUCGUGGCCCAAGUAUCGGUUAUAAAUGAUUCAGUUCCUUCUACCAAAUCCUUAUAUUUAUCUGAAUUGCUUCAGUAUCUUUGUUGAAUCCACUCUGUUUGCCUCCCUCUUUUUUUGUCCCGCUCGUUGUCUGUAGAUGAGCUCUAGAAAACCCUAUUAAGCUGAUGUUGUCAUGGUUCAGCCAUGCUAACAACAUAUCCUCUGGGAGCAAUUACAAAUUGCAUUGCUAACCUGGGACGUAAUGUAAUUUUUGAUGCUUCCACCUGCAAGAUCAAUCAUGUCAGUUCUUUGCCUAGCAGUGCAAUCUUUCAAUGCUUUUCGGGCAGCUCUAGCAAUAAUGUGACGCAUAAUUCUUCUUUUCCUUCGAAAGGUCGGGAUCAGCUUAAUACUCAUCAUAUAAUACACCGAGUGGCUUCAAAUAGAUGGCUUUGUCGAUCGCAUGACUCUAUCUCUCCAGAUGACGAGUAUCGUUCAUCUCGCAACAUAGCCAUCAGUUUGUAUAGGCGAUAUAGGAAUGUUAUUGACCGAGGAGGAGGUGACAACCUGAAAGACUUCAUCAGUGCUGGGGUGAAUGCAUAUUCUCUGGGCUGCACUGAUGAAGGGUUGCGGCAAGAACUUACUGCCAUGAAGGAUUCUGGUGUUGAAAUUGAAGCAAUGAAGAAUUACGGUGGAAAUACUGGUUUAAAAUUAAAGAUUUUUUCCGGAGAGGUUGAUGAGUGUAUUCUAUGGUUGAGCAUUAUAUUUAUUACUAUAUUGUGCACACCACAACCAACCAUAGUUAGGUGGUCUUCGACUCCUCCAGUGUCAGAUGAAGUACGGAUUCAGUGGAAAGGCUUUUGUGCUCUCAUAGCAAAUGCGUAUUAUGUUAGGGGAAUGGCAUGGCUUCCGGUGAAGACUCUUCAGCUGGAGCAAAUGGCAGUUGUAGGACGUGCUGAGGAGCCUUCAGUUGUUGCUAGCCGGAUGCGAUUAGUGUUCAGCACAUUGGAGGUCGUCAGCCCGCAGUGGCCAAAAGUCUAAUCCAGCAUAUUGAAGUUAGGGAAAUUCCUUUCAUGUAUCAUUGUAACAUUGCAAGUGAUGGAGUCCCAUAGUUGUUCAGUUGAAGAAAAUCUAUCUUAACUUGUCCACUGUAUAAACUUUAGUAGAAGCUGUGAUUCUUGAUUAGGAUAACAAUCUUGCGUCCAUGUUGUAUAUAGACCUAAAUGACAUUUCAUAUGAUCUGCCUUGUAGGAUUCACCGUGAA